AUGACAUCACUCCCACUAGUCUCCACGCUGCCACACGCCUCCGAUGCCGACCUGACAACGGUGUUGGAUCUGCUCUUCGAGCCCUCGCCCCCACUGAGCGCACUGACCCUUCCUGUGCUGCGCUCGACGACGUUCCCCAGCUACCAUGUCCUGAUCGUCGCCGUCAGUGCGCAAUGGAAGGCACUCGCGAGCUCAGCCAACCCGGAAGACGUAAAGAAGCUCUCGGACAUCCUGUGCUCCCACCCGCGGCUCGGCGAGAAGAAAGUCGACAGCGAGCAGAGCAGAAAAGAGCAGGCGCAGUUGCAGCAGGGCGCCGAGGAGGAGAAGGAGAAGCUCGCAGCCCUGAACCGCGAGUAUGAAGACAAGUUCCCCGGCUUGAGAUAUGUCGUCUUCGUCAAUGGCCGUCCCCGCUCUGCCAUCAUGGAAGACAUGCGCGCCCGCAUCGCCCGCGCCGACAUGGCUGCAGAGCGACAAGAAGCGAUCCAGGCCAUGUGCGACAUAGCCCUCGACCGCGCCCGCAAGCUGCAGGCGUAA